UUAAAUAUUUUGGGUUGGGAACUUGGAAUAAAUUUCAAAACUGCUUGAAUUUUUUUUAUUCAUAACAAUAAAAUCUUUAUAAAUAUUGUUAUAGUUAGUCUUCUGCAUUACUCUGCUCAAUUCCAUCUCCACAUUAUUUCAGUGUUACUGCACAUUCACGCAUCGUGGAUUUGAAAAAGCUAGAUGACAAACAAUUUGGGUCUGUUCGAUAAAUUGAUGAAAAAAAUGUUUCUAAAAACAGAUCUAAUUACUGGGUUCAAAAUACUGGUAAACCCAUUUCACUUCGUAUCUAGGUUUCGAUCUAAGAAUUUACAAAUAUUAUCAAAUAGAGUAAUUUUCGACAACAUGUUAACUUUGGCUAAAUGAUGAAUUAUACUCCCUUUGCCCCGUAAUAUUGUUCCGCAAUGCCUUUUUCGUCCGUCCCAAAAUAAGGUUCUACUUUUCAUAUUACUAUAUUAGGCAAAUUUUUUGUGACAUAUCAUUUCUCUCUCCUUUGCAUCACUUUCAUCCACACAAUUUUACUUUUCUUAAUCUCCGUGCUAGGUCAAUUGUGGAACAUUAAUACGGGACAGAGGGAGUAUUAAAUUAACACACUUAACUUCCUUUGCUUCUUUUUAUGAUUUUUGUUGUUGUAAUAAAUGCAUCAACACAUCAAGGGUUUAAUGCCAACCUCUCUUUUUUUAUAAGGUUGAGUAUCAUUGUUCUCGGAACCCAAGGUACUUAGGAUUACACAUGGUUUUGUUGUGGUAUCUAAUUUUUUAUAAGGUUCCAGACAUCAUGACUGAAACAAAGAAGGCUAUAAAACUCGAAGCCAUUCGAGAUUUUUAAAAGUGCGAGACUUCUCAAAUAAUACACUAAACGGCAAAUGCACAGCUACGAGCUUUGCAAGAUUUUUAUAUUGUAGAAAGUUAGAAGUCCCAAAUCAUUUGUGUGCCAAACAUGCUCUAUGAUAUGAUUAGAUUUGCUUGCUUGCUAACAAUUUUUCGAUGCUUUCGAGGUUUUUUCUGCACUUGCCUGUUCAUGUGGUGAAAUAGUUUUGCUUCCAACUGAAAGAUUUCACCAUUCUUGGUGUAAAAAGUAGAAUAUUCAUAUCUAAAUUGAAACAGUUCUUGAGAGAUCAUAUAGGUGUUAUGCUGGUCAUAGGAUUUCUUGAGGCUUCAAGUGGAAAAGGAGUUGGGCUUCUGUGGCCGGAGUCCAGUUUUUGUGCCAUAGUUUGACAAAUGAGAAUGCAAGAAGAAUUCCAAAGGGAAUUACCUCAAGAUAUAAGGUUAGGUUUUCCUGAGCCGGAAGGACCUGUGAGUCAAGAAAUCGUCAAAGCCAAAACUUUUGUUGGUAAUAUAUCUCUUCAGGACCCUGAGCCGGCUGAGGAGAAGUGUGGCAAAAUUUCUUCUUUUGAGAAUGGAGAACAAGAGUCCAAAGAGACUAAUUCUGUAUCAUCUCAUCUGAACACUCUAGUAAAACAUGAAAGGAAGAAUGACAUCUGCCAAGCGCUCAAAAGCAAAGAAUAUGCUUCUGAACAUUUGCAUCAGAAUGCCACUUUUCUGUCCCAUCACCCAGUCAAGCCUGUAACUUCUGAGAUAGAACUGCCUACUUGCUGGGCACUGAAGAGUCCCAAGAAAGGACUCCUGAAUAACACAGUUUCUAGAACUGAAACAUGUGAUGCCAAUUUGGCUCACAGUAUGUGCACGGAGGAAAAUGGAGAAAAAGAUUCUUAUACACUGCCAUAUACAAGCACCGUAGAAGACAAUUGUGGCAAACUUCCUCUAAAACAGUGCAAGUACUUUUCUUAUGAUGCACCACUAUAUGGCGAAACUGGAAUAUGGAUACCUGUUUCUGUUCCUCCAAUGUCAGAGAGUGACCAUGAAGAGUGGGCUAGAGGCUUCUGCUCAAAAGGGGAAUACUUUCCCGUAGAAGAUACAGGUGCCUUCCAGUACUUGGGAGAAGAUAAAGAGUUGACCAUGUGGGAUGUCCUAGUGGAAAUGUUGAUGGUAGCUAGGGGGAAAGUGAGCGCUUUAACCUUGGGUGAUAUCCAUAACCUUUCAUGGAUCUCAGGCCACAUUGUGGAGCAGGCUUGGAAAGAGAUGGCUCAAACUCUUACAGAGGCUAAUUUUGGUACUACCAGAGAACUUCUUGAGGCAGAACCACCCAAAUGGCUUCCUGAUAGUGCAGCUUCUUCCUGUAUGCUAUGUAGUGUUCGGUUCCACCCCAUCAUGUGUAGCAGGCAUCACUGUCGUUUUUGUGGGGGGAUAUUUUGCAGUGACUGUACAAAAGGAAGGAGUUUGUUGCCAGAUAAAUUCCACAUGGAAGAACCAAAGAGAGUAUGUGAUGUGUGUUCCAUACGUCUUGAGCCUGUUCAGGCAUACUUAAUGGAUCAAGUUAGCCGUGCUGCACAGUUGCCAACCCAUGAUUUGACAGAUCUCAGCACUUUGAGAUCAUGGAUAAAUUUUCCAUGGGGACAGUCAAUGGAGUAUGAAAUUUACAAGGCUACCAACAUACUUCGGAGUUAUAAUAAGGUAGGUUCUUUGAGGCAUGAGAGGAGAAUUCCAGAAUAUAUUCUUCGAGGUGCUCAAGGUCUUGCAAUACUCACUGUAGCAAAAGUUGGAGUUGUGGUUACUUAUAACAUUGGAACUGGAUUGGUUGUUGCUCGCAGAGAAGAUGGCUCGUGGUCUCCUCCCUCAGCCAUUUCUUCUUUUGGUGUGGGAUGGGGUGCUCAGGUUGGAGGAGAGCUCACUGAUUUCAUAAUUGUUCUGAGAACCAAAGAUGUUGUGAGGACUUUUAGUGGUGAAGCACACGUUUCAAUUGGAGCAGGAUUGAGUGCAGCCGCGGGAGUUGUUGGACGGACUGCUGAAGCUGAUUUGCGUGCUGGCACUGGUGGCUAUUCUGCCUGCUAUACAUAUAGCUGCAGUAAAGGCGCGUUUGUAGGAGUUUCUCUGGAAGGGAGUGUUGUGACAACCCGUUGCCGAGAAAACUCAAGAUUCUACGGCAGUCAGUCAAUAAGCGCUGCAGAUAUUCUGCUGGGCUCAUGGCCCCGACCACCUGCUGCCGCCACCCUUUACCGUGCACUUGCAGAUUUAUAUCGUAAGCUUUAACUUAUAAGCUCUGUCCUUAUUCUCAAUUCCUUAUUCAGAUGUAUGUUUCUUGUGUUUAUUUCAAUGGAAUGUAAAUAGGGUACUCAAUUGUGUACAGUACAUACAAGAAGGACUCAAUUUGGAUGAAGUCUUUUUUAUUGAUAAUUGUGAAGAAAUUAUAGAUGUGUAC